AUGUACAUCAUUUUUAUCUUUUUCAUCAUUAUUUUGCCAGUAUAUGAAAAAUAUGGAAAUUUUAAAAUAACAGGCAAUCCUAUGGAUAUAAUGAUAAUUGUUUCUGCAACCGGUCAAAUUCGAAAUGUGUUCGCUAUAAUUAUUUGCAUCAUUACACUAGUGAAUUAUUUAUUUGUUGGUAUAAUAACAAAGUUCGUAACAGAUUUGCAUCAUGCAACAAUUAAGAAGCUUUAUCGAUCUCUAUAUAUUAUUGUUUUUGUGAAUAUUUGUACUUUCCUUAUUUUCUUUGUCGUAGCAAUUCUACUACACUCUGUUCCAAAAUUAUACAUACACCUAUAUUUUUGGCAUAAGUCCGUAAGUUGUUAA